CAGACUCAGAGGAAGAGAAACCGGGUGCUCUGAGCAUGGAGCGCACCCUUCUUUAGGCCCAGCGGGCAGAGAGGGGAAGCGGAAGGCCGUCCACCUUCUCUGGACACCUGACUUGCCAGAGGGCUGACGUAAGGUGCCCCAUCUCUGAGGAAGGGCCGGGCCAGAGGGCAGUCGGAGGCUCGGGGUGGGAUGGGGGGGCUCUGAUUCUCCAAACCUGCCAUGAGAUUCUGGGCCACCAUUUGAAGUGCUGGGCUUUAAGGGUUCCUCGACCUCCGACUCGCUGACCCGGAGACUAUGGAGUCCAACCUGCAGGGGACCUUCCUCCUGAACAACACACAGCUGGCCCAGUUCUCAGAAAUGAAGGCUCCCAUGUGUCAGUACUCGGUGCAGAACUCCUUCUACAAGCUCAGCCCCCCUGGACUCGGCCCCCAACUGGCGGCUGGGACUCCCCACGGAAUCUCUGACAUCCUGAGCAGACCGGUUGCCACUCCGAACAGCAGCCUCCUCUCUGGCUACCCCCACGUGGCAGGCUUUGGUGGACUCAGCUCCCAGGGCGUCUACUAUGGCCCCCAGGUGGGGAGCUUUUCCAAGGCUGGGAAUGAGUACCCCACCCGGACCCGGAACUGCUGGGCAGACACAGCCCAGGACUGGAGAGGUAGCGCUCGGCCAUGCAGCAACACCCCAGACCCCCUGAGUGACACUAUCCACAAGAAAAAGCACACCCGCCCUACCUUCACAGGCCACCAGAUCUUUGCUCUGGAGAAAACCUUUGAGCAGACCAAGUACUUGGCUGGCCCUGAGCGGGCGAGGCUGGCUUACUCACUGGGCAUGACAGAGUCGCAGGUCAAGGUGUGGUUCCAGAACCGCCGGACCAAGUGGAGGAAGAAGAGCGCCCUGGAGCCCUCGUCCUCCACGCCCCGGGCCCCGGGCGGUGCGAGCGGAGACCGCGCGGCCUCGGAGAACGAGGACGAUGAGUACAACAAACCGCUGGACCCAGACUCGGACGACGAGAAGAUCCGCCUGCUGCUGCGCAAGCACCGGGCCGCCUUCUCCGUGCUCAGCCUGGGCGCGCACAGCGUGUGACCCCGGGCCAGCCGCGCGGAGCAGCCUUCCCCUCCCCUCUCCCUGCAGCCCGCAGAGGGCAGGGACCAGAGAAGAGGAGUUCCGGGGGGAGGGGAAGGAAAAGAGGAAGGAAGUAGAAAGAGGUUGAGGAGGAAGCGAGAGGGAAGGAAGGGAAGGAAGGAGGAGAGGGAUGGUGAGGGCCCCGAGGGAGGAGAUGGUGCGCCUCUCUGCCAUUCCUCCCUCUGGGCCCCUUGCCCAGUCAGCCCUGCUCUGGAGUGAGCAGGCUUCCUUGCAGCAGGGAACCUGGCUGUGGAGCUCU